AUGAUUUCCGAUUUCCUUAUAAUGCAAGCUAGUGGUCCGUUCUUUCGUUUAUCUGAUAUUGAAUUUCAAGAAGCUGUCAAAAAAUACCCAAGCUUACAACAGGAUACGGAAGUUAAUUACGUAAAGAAUACAGCCACAGGAAGCAUUAAUGUCGGCGAAGAUAAUUAUUUUGACAACAUAAUGAUUCUAAGACAGUUUGAACGAAUGUUUCAGUUGCUCGAAUUUAAAACAGAAUAUAAAAAUCAUCGUUUGGAAAUAUUGGUGGACAAUGCGCGAACACGCAGGGUUAAAGAUUAUUCUAUUAAUGAUUUCGGGAAAGGAUCAGGAACCAGGUGUCCAGUACAAAUGAUUGAAUACACUGAUCAAAAUAAUGUUAAACAAACAUUAAAUUGCUUUUUUACCUCAGAUCCAAUGAAAGGACAAAUAGUGUUGAACGGUGACCGGACUGAAUGUCGCAAGACAAAAUGUCGCGGACAAAAUGUUGCGGACAAAAUGUCGUAUGGACAAAAUGUCGCAGGACAAAACGUUGCAAGACAAAAUAUCGCGGACAUAUCGUUGCGGACAAAAUGUCGCGGACAAAUGGUUGGAAAAAAAACGUCGCAUGUACCUAUUGAAUUAAGAAAAACUGAUCGUGGAGACGAUUUUAUACUUUAUGAAGAUGAUGAAAUGAUUAUUUUUACUACAAAAAAAAAUUUAUCUUUGUUGAAAGAAUGUAAACAUUGUAAAAUAUAA